UGCCGUUGUGUUUUUCCUCUAACAUGGCGGCGGCCAGGAGGUUGAAACGCGUGGCGGUCUCACAGCCAGGUUUUUUAACUCUAAAACCCUCCCGAGACCCCUCAGACUUGGUCAGCGGUCGGAGGAAACGAGUGAACAAGAACAAGAAGAAGAACUGGAACAAACACAGCGACAUAAACGAUGUAGAGGAGUUUUUAGAGGACGUCAGGCACCAGGAGAGGACCACAGGGGGUCUGCUGUCUGAGAAGUCAGAUGACAGUUUGUUCUUUUUGGAUGUUGGACAACCAAAGAAAGCUGAACAGAAGGCAGAAGAAUCCGUUGAAGGGAAGAAGAGGAAAGGGAAAGCAUCACGUCCUCUGAGGAUAGACCUGAUCCUCCAGCAUGACUCCCUCGUCCCACCGGCUAAAGAUGUGCUCUCCUACCAGCAGCCAAAUGCCAAGAAGCUCCGUCGCAUCGCCCAGAAGGCCGAGCAGCUGGCAGCCAAAGGCGUGGUACCUCGGAGGCAGAGACAGCUGCUGAACAGACGGCCUGUCGACAGGACGGCCAAGAAGUCAGCGACAGAGGCCAACAACAACCCAGACAGAGAAUAUUACGACAUGUGGGGACAAGAGUCCAAAGAAUCAGCUGAUCCCUGGUAUCUUCAGCAGACGGGCAAGAGGCAGGUUAAGCGUCCAGAGAAGCUGAAUGAGAAGCCAUCUGUGCUGCCUGCUGUGGAGGUGAUCGCUCCUGGAGGAUCCUACAACCCAGACUUCUUGUCUCACCAGGCUUUGCUUCAGGAGGCUCAUGACGUGGAGGUUAAGAAACAAAAGCAGGAAGAGAAACUAGAGAGACAGCUGGCCUUCAACAAAGAGGACAAAGCCACAGAGGAGACGGUUCUGCGUGAGCAGGUGGAAGGUUUGGUAGAGGAGGAGAAUGAAGAUGAAGAAGCAGCAGCUGAUGAUGAGGAGGAGGACGUGGCUGUGGGAGCAAUCGCUCUUUCUGAGAAGAAAACUGAGAGGCAGAGAAAGAGAGAGAGGGCAGAAAAAAUUAAGGAGCAGCAGCGAUUAGCCGACAGAAAGCAGACUGACCAGCAGCAGCAGCUCUUCCAGCUUCGCUCCAUAAAGGCCUCCAUCAGACAGCGGGAACAGAAGACCAAAUCCAACCAGAUAAAACGCAAAGCCAAGCAGGAGGCCCAGAAAUCGCAGCCCAGACGUCUCGGCAAACUCAAGUUCCAGCCUCAGGACCUGGAGGUUCAGCUGAGUAACGAGCUGGCCGGCUCCCUGCGACGGCUCAAGCCAGAGGGCAGCAUCCUCAAGGACCGCUUCAAGAGCCUGCAGAAGAGGAACCUCAUCGAACCGAGAGAUAGAGCCAAGUUCAAGAGGAGACUGAAGGUGAAAUAUGUGGAGAAGAGGGCUUUCAAAGAGAUCACUUAGUGGCAACCCACAGACCAGAAGAAGCUGGACAACAUUUAAAACCACAAGUACAGCAUAAUGGAACUUUGUGUAUAUACAACAUACCGACUGAUGAUUACAACUGCUACCACAAUAUGUCACCCACAACAAUGAUACAUAAACUGUGACUGGGAGUGAAGCUUAUUUUUUUGUCACGGUAUCGGUCUUGCGGCUCACGUUAUUUUUGUUUGUUACAUAACAUGACCCUGAUCAAGAUCAAGUUAUCAAAGGUUUUAUAGUGUACAGCUGAACCUGCCGAGGCCAAAUGUCAGUGUGCCACUGCUCUGCUCAUACAUGAGUAAAGACUCUGAGCGGAGGUUAUUAACAGGCUCAGCAGCCACACUGCAGCGUUAUUAGUCUGCUUUAUGUCAGCUAUCAGAAUGACUGCUCCUCAAGAUUACUGCGCCUCAAAACACCUAAACCUUGUAAUACAGCCUGUAUUAAAUGAAAAAAAGGGAAAGGUUUGCAUGAUGGUGUCACACAGGCUGGUCGUAUUGCAGCAGGAUUUAUCUCCAAAAUGAAAGCUACAGCAGCAGAAACCUUCAUUACGAUUUUUCUCGUACCUACUAACUUUGUCUUCUUUAUAUGAGCAUAUGUUAGUCUCAGACUCCCAGACUAACAUGUACUGGUGAGUCAUUAAAAAGUUAAGGGAAGAGGCAACAACAAAAUAAUAUAUGCCCAUAAUUAAAUUAGCUGAUUAACUGGAGUUUCAUUUACAUAGAUUAAUUUUUCCAUCUUAGGUGGGAAAACAUUCAGACAGAUGGGAUGGAGGAAGUUGGCAUGUGAUAAUUGAUUCCAACCCGCUGGCUUAAAACUAUAAUUGCCUUCAGUGUCCUGCUGGUGUGAACAAGGACGCACACACACACACACACACACACCAUGUCCCAUGGUGCCUGGAGUGACGCCAAAGCUUCUUAUCCGUUAAUCAGUGUGAAAAUGUAAUCUUUUACCUUAUGAGUGUGCAGAAGCCCCCCCCCAAGUAGCUGUCUAAAUCACUUGAUCUCUCUCCUUUACCCCCCUCACCAACCAAAGAGUGCGCAAGACUCUAGAGCACCUCCUACUUCAGUGGCUAAUUAAUGUUUUUUUAUGCUAAUUACCUUCUGAUGAAUUAACCUGCUGACUUGGAAAAAGCACAGUUUGUCCCCAAGGAACCUCAUCUAUUACUUUUUACUGAUUGGAUUUAAUGGCGAACACAAUAAAUUACCAGAUAAUACUUUCA